AUGCCGACAGUCAGCGUUCCCCGCGACGAUCUCUUCCGGCGACUCGGCCGUACCUAUUCUGUCUCCGAGUUUGAGGAACUAUGCUUCGAGUUCGGCAUUGAACUGGACGAGGUCGUGGAGCCGGGGAAGGACGGUGCAACAGAGACGAUCUAUAAAAUUGAGGUUCCAGCAAACAGAUAUGAUCUGCUCUGCACCGAAGGCAUUUCGCGUGCCUUGUAUGCAUUCAACAACCCGGACGCGCCUCUGCCCGCGUACCGCCUGGAGCCGGCGACGCCUCAGUUUACCAUGACAGUCAGAACGGCGGUUAAACAAGUCCGGCCGUUUGUCGUGUGCGCCAUUUUGAGGAACGUGACGUUGAAUAAGGAGAGUCUCGCGUCGUUCAUUGAAUUUCAAGACAAACUCCACCAUACCCUUUGCCGACGGCGGUCGUUAGUGGCUAUCGGAACCCACGAUCUGUCGAAAGUACAGCCACCGUUUUUCUACGAUGCCCGACCUCCCAAGGAUUUGGAAUUUGUGCCUCUCGGGUGUGAUAGCCAGAUGAACGGCGAGCAAGUCAUGGCCCAUUUUUCGAAUCACCUGCAACUAAAAGCCUACCUGCCGCUCAUUCAGAACUCGCAUGUCUACCCUUUAAUUCUCGACGGGAAGGAUCGGAUUCUCUCUCUUCCUCCCAUCAUCAACUCCGAGUUCUCCAAAGUCACUGAAGACACUCGAGAUAUCUUCAUCGAGUGUACUGCCGUGGACAUUACGAAGGCGCAGAUUGUCCUCAACACGCUCGUCGCCAUGUUUUCCGAGUACUGCAAAGAACCGUUCACAGUGGAGCCGAUUCAGGUGGUCUACGAAGACCCGACGAGUGCGCCGAUCGAUCGAAGCGCCAAGUGCUCGAGCGAGGAGCCCGCGAGGAACGGCGAAGCGUCGAUGAACGGAUGGGCGUUUCCGAGAGUCGAAAGCCGGAGCAUGAAAUUCUCCCUCGACUACGUUCGCCAGCUAACCGGAAUUCCCGUCUUAACCGCCGAGACGUGCACCAACCUCCUGAAGCGAAUGAUGAUUCACGCCUCUGGCGGGCGAGAGACAACAGCCGACAUCCUCGAGGCCUCCAUCCCAAUCACAAGAAGCGACAUUCUUCACGAGCGCGAUAUCGUGGAAGACGUGGCAAUCGCGUACAGCUUCAAUAAGCUGCCCAUAACUCCGUCGUACAUGCUGACAGGCGACGCGCUGAACUGCUUGUCAGAGAAGAUUCGCAACUUUUGCACCGUAUGUGGCUACACGGAGGCUCUCAACUUCUCGCUUUCCUCUGCCGCCGAGAAUGCGGCGAAUCUCGGCAGAGCUCCUGGCGAGGGUAGCUUGCUCUUCAAUCCCCUCGAGUACCAAGUCGCCCCACAUCCUGUGCGCCUGGCCAACUCGAAGACGCGUGAGUUUGAUCAAGUGAGAACGACUCUCAUUUCCGGCCUCCUCAAGACCGUUGUGGCGAACAAAGGGCGCCGAGAGCUCCCCAUCAAGCUGUUCGAGAUCGGGGACGUUUGCGUCCUCGAUUCGUCCACGGAAGUGGGAGCUCGCAACUUGCGGUACUGCUGCGUCGCGUUCGCCGAUGAGCACUCAUCUGGGCUCGAAGAAGUCCACGGCGUCCUGGACGCCCUCCUCCAGAGUUUGCAGUUCGUCGGCGAGUAUGCAAUCGCGGAAAUGGAAGCUGCGGUGGCUGCGGCUGCAGUGGCUGAGAAGGCCGGCGGAGAGCAGGCAGGCGCGCAUGCAGCUGAGCAGCUUCAGCGCGUCCUGUCGAGGAUUCGGGGAACCUUCAAACUGGUGGCCUCGCAAGAGAAAACGUUCCUUCCCGGUCGCCAAGUGCACAUUGUGGCGAGUCGGAAGUCGAGUGACGCAGUGGAAAACGUGCCGGUCCUUCUGGGGGUUAUGGGAACGCUUCACCCCCACACCUUGAAGGCGUUUGGCCUCACGAUUCCUGUAUCCAUUCUCGAGCUGAACGUGGAAGCCUUUGUCCAGUGGCUGCCGGCCAUCGAUUUGGUUGUCGGCUGA